AUGGGUUCAAUCGCUACGUCCCACGCCCGCCGUCCUACGCAGCCCGGACCGAUCUGCCAUGCUCCGUCGUGCUUCCACGAUCUACCAUACUAGAUACGGGCACGCCAUAUUUCUUCAGAGUUCACGAAUUUAUGCUGGUGCCACCACCCUCCGCACCUCGUUUCAUCUUCGGGUACGUCUUAUCGCUUAUGCACUCUGGACGGACUGGCGAGGUUCGCAACAUACGCGCAGCAUUCGAAGGAAGUCGCGAUGCUCUUCAAAUUCCGCAAUCGAACUGCAAUUUCCGCCUUUCGGAAGCCCGCCGUGACGAGCUUCUUCGAGCGGAACGCGGCUCAACGUGUCCACAGCCAUUCGAUUCGCGCAUUCUCCAGUAUCUCGUGAGGCUCAGUGGUUCUUGGUUAUUGCGGUACGACCUAUUCUCCCCGCACAUCCGACCGAGGGGAUCAUGCCAUUGUCCGAAUCACGCCUCUCGCCUGACGACGAAACAUUUAUCGACGACCGCACAUCAUCCUUUACCAACUACAUCAACCAUCCACGUUCCUCUCGUCGUCGAAAUUGUUCAGCGUCGCCUGCGCAGCAUUAUCGGCAACCAACUUCACCUUCGAUGACAAGCAGACUCACCACCUCUCUGCCGUUGUGCCCAGCCUAGAAGCCUAUCCGGUUCGCUUGCAGGUGCGAAUACCACGUAUGAUAACGACCAGUGGAUGGACACGGAGACGACCUGCUCAGGUGUGGAUCGUUAAUUCUCGAACUGUGGCCCGCACGACAAUCGCUCAUUCGGAACAUUUCUUUGGGACCAGGACACUCCAUGCAGAACUCCACGCGAGACCGUCACCACAUCUACCACUCUUGCGCGCUAUGGACAGGUUCGGUAGGGUCCUGCACGGCAUAAGUUCUGUGGACAUUUGUGUGACUUUGGAUCGACCCACCGCUGGCACGGACCCCGUUUUCGAACUUUUAGCUGAAGAACGGCUGUUCGCGGAUUUGCACUCUUCGAUACGCUGUCAAGCCAACACUAUCCUCGAUUGGGUUUACGGAACAGCAUGCCCUCCUCGGACUUUAGCCAUAGAGGACGCUGACCCUACGGAUUCUCCAUCGUCGGUGCGCUUUCGCGGCUCCCGCCUCCACCUUCGCAACGACCAACGCCGAGCUGUAAACAUGGGACUCGCUGGUCUCCCGCUCCUCGCCAUUCAAGCCGCUUACGGUUCAGGCAAGACCGUGACUGGAGCUUUCCUCGCGGCUUUACUAGCCGAACGUCAGUCAUUCGUCAUCGUGACGGCCACGACAAACGUGGCUUGUGCCCAAUUUACCGAUCCUCGAACAUCUAUCCUACGCCUGGACGACUAUAGCCACCUCGCGGUCCUCCGCUUUGUAGCUGACUCUGCUUUGGCCGAUGGAGUACCCACCACAAAGGUCGACCUGCACACCGUUCUAAAAACUCUUACUGAUCUAUACAGCGAUCGAAUGCAGGAAAGGGAAAGGGAAAGAUGCCAGCACUACAUCAAACGACGACGGCUUUUGGAAAUCUUACUCUUCCAUCACGACGCUUGUCUACACCUGUCAGACGAGGAUAGGGAGAUGUGA